UGUAGUUUGUCUGGCUGUAUGGUGACAGAGGAGGGAUGUUGUUACAUGUCUUCAGCUCUGACUUUAAGCUCCUCAUGCUUGAGAGAGCUGGAUCUAAGCUAUAAUCACCCCGGAGAUUCAGGAGUCAAGCUGCUCUCUGAAAAACUGGAAGGUCCAAACUGCUCACUGAAUAAAUUCAAUGUGGAUCAUGGAGGAGAAUCCAGGAUUACAGCAGGACUACAGAAAUGGUUCUGUUUUCUCACAGUGGAUCCAAACACAGCAAACGCUGAUCUUAUUCUGUCUGAAGAGAACAGAAAGGUGACAUGUGUGAGAAAGAAACAGCCAUAUCCUGAUCAUCCAGACAGAUUUGACGAGUAUCCUCAGGUGUUGUGUAGAGAGAGUGUGUGUGGACGCUGUUAUUGGGAGAUUGAGUGGAGUGGACUUGUGUUUAUAUCAGUGUCAUAUAAGACAAUCAGUAGGAAGGGAUGGGGUAAUGAGUGUUGGUUUGGAUAUAAUGAUCAGUCCUGGAGUUUGUUCUGCUCUCCUGAUAGUUACUCAUUCAGACACAAUAACAUAGAUACUGUUGUUCCUGUGAAGUCCAUUAGCAGGAGGAUAGGAGUGCUUGUGGAUCACGAUGCAGGAACUUUGUCCUUCUACAGUGUCUCUGACACAAUGAGCCUCAUCCACAAAGUCCAGACCAAAUUCACUCAGCCGCUUUAUCAUGGGUUUUAUGUUUAUUAUGGAUCAUCAGUGAAACUGUUCAUGAAUCCGAAAAGAGACGAGAGAUUCUACCCAUAAUGCUUUGAGCUGUAUGAUAAAUCAGUAACAGUGAGAUGUAACAUGUUUAUUCAUGACAUUAAUACUGCAGCUGAACUUCUGUCACUGAAAUAACAGUAGGAAUAAUUGUGUCAUAAAUCCUCAUAUAGACAGUAAGAUCUGAUUGUGUGUGGUUGGGGCAGGGUGUUUGUGGCCUGGUAAUUAUCACAUUGUGGGGACCAAAUGCCCACACAAAGAUAGGAAUACCAGUAAAUUUUGACCUCGUGGGGACAUUUGUGAGGUCCCCGUGAGGAAACAAGCUUGUAAAUCCAACAAAAUUAUGUUUCUU